AACCUCUUAUCAUUCUGUUUAUUGUUUACACUGAUUACAUUAACUUGCGAUAGUGAUAAGUUAUCAAUUAUAAGCUGUCAUUCGUAGGAUUUUUGAGUCUCCGCGGAACAGUGUAACUGUAUCGAAAGAAUAAGUGUUUCCUACAUACCGUAUCCGGUCUGCAUCCGUAGUCAAAAGAUUGUGCCAUACUUUCUGCUGCACUUCAUCAAUACCCAAGGUGUCGAACCUGAAGUAAUUGGAUACUUCCUUUUUAACUCCUAGUCAACUUGUCAACCCAACUACAAGGACUUUCUAAGACUGCAACUGCGAAUAUGUUGGCUUCUAACGAAUUGAUCAAGAAAAGUAUCUUGCUCAGUUCUAAAAUGUUUGUUCGUCACGGAUCUUUGGUUUUCAAUAAGGCGUUUGUCAAUGGUAGUUUCAUUGAUGCAGAUUCAAGAAAACAAUUCAAUGUUGUCAAUCCUGCAACAGGAGAGGUUAUCACUCCCGUGCCUGACAUGGAUGUGUCCGAUGUUGAGAAGACCAUAACUCUUGCCCAUGAUGCUUUCAAGGAAUGGAAAAACACAACAGCCAAGGAACGUGGUAUUGUCCUAAGGAAAUGGUAUAAUCUUCUCGUUGAACAUCAAGAAGAACUGGCAAGGAUCAUUACAUCAGAGGCAGGUAAGCCAUACAAAGAGUCUUUGGGAGAGGUAGCAUACGGAAACUCAUUCAUAGACUGGUUUGCUGAAGAGAGUAGAAGAAUUAAUGGUGAGGUCAUUCCAAGUCCAGUGAAGAGUAAACGUAUUGUUCUCAUUAAACAGCCAAUUGGAGUCGUUGGUCUGAUAACACCAUGGAACUUUCCGCAUGCCAUGAUUACGCGGAAAGCAGGAGCUGCCCUUGCUGCAGGUUGCACUUGCGUUGUUAAACCUGCAGAAGAUACACCGUUAACAGCCCUUGCACUGGCUGCUCUAGCAGACCAAGCAGGUUUGCCCAAAGGAGUUUUAAAUGUUAUAACCUGUGAUCGCAGCAAUGCUCCUGCAGUGGGUAAGCUCUUGUGUGAAAGCCCUCUAACUGCCGGUAUUUCAUUCACUGGGUCGACAGCUGUUGGAAAAAUUCUCUACCAACAGUGUGCCUCCGGUGUGAAGAAAGUCGCUUUUGAGCUUGGUGGCAAUGCUCCAUUUAUUGUAUUUAAUUCAGCGACAAUUGAAAAAGCUGUCGAGGGUGCAAUUGCUUGCAAAUUCAGGAACAGUGGACAGACCUGUGUGAGCGCUAAUCGCAUAUUUGUACAGGACAAAGUGUUUUCUCAAUUCGUUGGUGCUCUAAAAGAAGCUAUGGAUAAAUGCCUCAAAAUAGGCAAAACUGAGGACUGUAAUGUAGGACCGCUCAUCAAUGAGGCACAGAUGAACAAAGUAAGUAGUCUGGUUGAUGAUGCCGUUUCAAAGGGUGCCAAAGUUUUGCUUGGUGGCAAGAAAGCCCAAAGUCACGGGUCUUUAUUUUACGAGCCAACCCUAUUGACUGAUGUUACUCCGGACAUGUUGUGUGCCAAGGAGGAAAUCUUUGGGCCAAUAGCUGUUUGUUAUAAGUUCAAAACUGAAGACGAAGUAAUAGCUGCUGCAAAUGAUGUUCGCGUAGGACUUGCAGGCUAUUUCUACUCAAAUGAUAUCGGUCAGAUUUGGCGAGUUGCAGAGCAGUUGGAGGUUGGAAUGGUUGGUGUAAAUGAAGGCAUUAUUUCUACCGCUGAGGCUGCCUUUGGUGGUGUGAAAGAAUCAGGCAUUGGGAGAGAAGGAUCUCACCAUGGAAUUGAUGAAUUCACAGAUGUCAAGUAUAUUUGUUUUGGAAACUUAGACUAAAGGGCAAGUUCUCUAUAACUUACGCCUCCUUGCUAUGUGCCAUUUGAGUCAAAAUUGUUAUACUUCAUUAAUUAAUCAAUCGUGUGUCUACUUUCCAUUCCCUUGAGUGUAUUGAAUUUCUUUAUGUAAUUUAUAAUGAAAAAGCCAAAGAGAAGGUGACAGCCUCCUCUUUACCAGUCAUCGAUCUUUGAAAAAUGAUCAGCAAGUUUUUUUUAAGGAGGAAAAAAAACAACUAUCCUAACGUAAGUAUGUAUUUAAUCUACAAUUACCAUCCCUGAGUUGAAAGUUUGGUUUGAGAAUAAUGUAAAAAUUUACUUAGAUUUGAGUAUCCAAUUUUGAGCAGUCAGCGAUCCUCAGUAAUGUUUGUUUCAAUACUGGAUUUUUACUACCUCUGAUGAAGUUUUGGUUUUCAUAUUGAUGUGAAUACAAAUAAUUUUAAUGCAAUAAAACAAAUUGAGGUGGUAGGUAUUGAAAGCCUCUUUAAUUUGAACGCAUCGUAGCAGUAUCAAGAGUCAUUAAUUUUCUUUUUUUAUUGAAGUCUUAAUCCCACCAAACAAAUAUUUUCAUCCUAAAAAAUGUAGGAAUUUCCUCUUUACGCCUGUGAUAGAUUUGGUUUGGUUUCAUUCUCUUGUUUUUUAAACUGUAUCUCCAGACCAGCAUGUAGUUAAAUGUAUAAUUUGUAUUAUGAAGUAUUGUUUUUCAUCAUUGGUUUUGACUUUACGUUUCUUCCUUAUCACCACCGAUAUAUCUAUUUUUUAGCCAGUAAUAUACAAGUCAUUCGUUUAUUUUAUUAGUCGGGGUGAUCACACAUCAUUCUUUGGUCUUUAGAGAUAAUUUUAUUACCACUAUCAUAUUUUUUGUAUAUUUAUUCUGUAAGUAUCCCCCCAAUUUUACACAUCAAGCUUUUAAUAAAAAGUUUUUGUACAGGAGAAGUCACAAGAAAAAAAGCUCUCUAGUGGAAAAACAAAUUGUACCUAUAGACUUUAAAUCAUCUCUUUACUUUGCAAAAUUUACUACACUGAGAAUCUUUCUUCCAUACUUUAGGUACUUAGGCAUUAAGUUGAUAAUCAUUGUCUUCCAUUAAAUAUUAUUUUUAAGAUAGUACAAAAAACAUCCACGAUGAAAUGAAUGGUUGUGACCUUAAUAAUUUAAUACAAAGCAAAUAAAAGUUGUCCUGUCUUUUCAUC